UUAGCCCCAAGCUCCAUGCAAAAUGAAGGGGAAGCGCUGGAUAGUGGCUCACAGAGGAGUCAAGUAAAGUGCACUGAAGAGCAGCCAUGCUUGGACUUGAGACAUGUGCUGCAACUGGGAUCAUGCUUACAAAAAGGUGUGGAAAUCACUCAGUUGACAGAGAAAUUUACAUUUAAUCCGAAAGAGGGAAUAGACAACCCAGUGAUGGUCACCACAGAAGAUGCAGACUCUGUGUUGACGCCCAGCCCACAUCUGUGUGUUCUUAAACGAGACGAAGGGCAGUCCUACGGCUUUAAUCUGCGGGUGGAGAGGGGACGCCAGGGACACAUCAUCAGAAAUGUAGUGUCAGGAGGGGUGGCGGGGUGCAGUGGCCUUCAGGAGGGAGACAGGCUUCUGGAAGUCAACAACUGCUUUGUGGAAGAUGUCCCUCACCCUGAGGUGGCUGGGAAGAUAAGGCUCAGUGGAAAUCAGUUAUGUUUAUUAGUGUUGAAUGGGGAGGAGUACGAGCAGGCUGUGUCCCGAGGUGAAGACCUCCAAAGUCUAGUCAGAGCGCAUAAGGGCGAGGGUUUCAGACCACCCAGACUCUGCCACAUCACCAGGGAUCCAGCCUCAGGUCUGGGCAUCAACUUCACACCCGUGGAAGGAGAGAAAGGACGCUUCUCUGUAAGCUUAGCGGCAGGAGGUGCAGCGGAAAGGGCUGGGGUGUGUAAAGGGGAUCACCUGGUGUGGAUAAACGGAGCAACAGUGUCUGAUCUCACACACUCUGCACUCAGCAGGAUGAUGAAAAAAUGUGGCAAUCAAAUCACCAUCCUUGUGAUUGACGGUGAGAGUGAGAAGAACUGCCUGCGUCAGAGGAGGCCCAUUUUGCCUGCCAUGGCUGUUCCACAUAACCUGCCUCACAGAGCCAGAAGACUCCACCUGGUGUCAGAGGGCGAGGGCUACGGCUUCCUCCUUCGGCUGGAGAAGGCACCAUCAGGAUGCAAAUCUCAUGUUCUGCGUGCAAUGGAGAGUGGCAGUCCAGCAGAGAAGGCCGGUAUGAAGGAUGGAGAGCUGCUGCUGGAGGUCAACGGGGAGUCAGUAGAGUCAUUGAAGCAUGAAGAGAUAGUUGACAGAGUGAGACAGAGUGGAGAACAGAUAUCUCUCACCACCAUCACUCUCGUUGGGCUGGAGUUUAACACCCAGUUGGGUCUAUCCCCUCUUCUCUUCUGUGAGGAUGUUGCUGCCGAGAGAGCAAAGGAGAGCUGCAUAUCAGCCUCUAACGCAGAACAAGCUCCACAAAAGGACAUGGAUGACUCAAGCAAGCCCAGAAACUGCACUGUCCAAAAAGGCCCUUUGGGGUUUGGCUUUAACCUGGACAGUGUCCCACAGGGUCCUGGGAUCUUCAUCAGUCAGGUGGCUUUUGGGGGCUCUGGUCAGAGAGCAGGGCUGUGCGUGGGUGAUGCUGUGAUGGAAGUCGAUGGACAAAAUGUGGAAGAUAAGUAUCUGGAGGACGUGAUUAUGCUCGUGGAGGAAGGAGGACAUUUUAUUUCUUUAGUAGUCAUGCAUAAGAAUAGCUACAAAAUGAAGCGUGAGCAGACUGACACACCUACAAAAGAUAUCCCUGACAGUGAGGUAAACAAAUUUUGGGAGUUUAACUAUAGUAUAUAACCUUUUUACAUAAUUGUAAUGUCAUCAGUGGGCACAUUUUUUACCAUAUUUCCUUGUUUGCAUUUCACCAGGAGGAAGAAAAUAAUGAGAUAUCAUGUUUGUGAAGGUCAAAGAUACUCAUCCUGCAUUGUAAAGAUAUCCUGCAUCACAUACGUCUACUGAAGAGUCUUAAACUGAGAUGAACAAAAAGAAUGAUUGUAUAAAAUAGUUUGAUUAUAAUGAAUAUUAAUAUCAUUAUUAACACUCACCACCUUCUUCUACAAAUAUUUUACAUGUAUUAAUUGUAAUAUCAUUAUUACUGUACAUUGGUCAAAAAUGCUUUAAUCUAAUCCCGGGGUUUGACAAAGCAAAAGAAAAGAUGAAACAAGAUUUAAAAUAAGCUAAAUGAAACUGAAACAGUGGCAUUUGAAGAGAUGUUGCAAUGGCAAGUGGCUCAGUCAGUAGGGGCUUGGACUGGGAAUCGUAGGGUUGCCGGUUCAAGUCCCCGAACAGACUUGAAAUAUGGAAAGUGGACUGCUACUUGGAGAGGUCCCAGUUCACCUCCUAGGCCCUGCUGUGGUGCCCUUGAGCAAGGCACCGGACACCUCCAAUCCCCCCUCCCCAUUGCACCCCGGGCGCUGCACAAUAGCUGCCCACUGCUCCUAGUAAAGAGGACCAAUUUCACUGUGUGUGCUCUGCUGUGUUCAUGUAUGUAACUAAUAAAGAGGGUUUCAUCCUCCGAUUCUAUCUAUCUAUGUGCAAUUGUGUAUGAUAUAAAAAUAACAUUUAGAAAUGUACUGUAACUGAUGAUGCAGAAAACAUAUGUAACCAUUGUCACAUGUGAUCUCAAUUUGAAAUACUUAAUAAAUAAAAAGCUCCAUGUCUUGGUGUAAAGUAACCAAGUACAUUUACUCAUGCUUUACAUAAGCACCAUUUUGAGGUACUUUUACUUUACUUGAGUAUUUCCAACAUUGUUCUUCUACUGCACUACAAUUCAGAGGUCAAUAUUACUGAUUGAUGUUACUUUGCUGAUGUAGAUUAAUGAUAAACAAUAUGAUCAACACACUUAAAGGGAAAAUCCUUAAGGGAAAAUCCUUACAUGGGCCAAUCUUCAUAAUGAGUACUUUUACUUUUGGUACUUUAAGUAUAUUUUGAUGCCAAAACUUUUGUACUUUUACUUGGGUAACACUUUGAAUACAGGAUUUUUACUUGUAACAGAGCAUUCCUACACUCUGGUCCCCCCCCCCCCCUGCUUAAAGUACCGUAAACUGUAUAAACAAAAAAUGUAUACAAAAUUACACAUUAAAUGUCUGUUCUUGCAGA